AUGGGUUACACCAGGAGAGAGACGGAGAGGCAGGCCCCGGAACACCUGGCAAAGAGACGCCGAAAAGGAAACCAAGGAGAUGGGUUACACCAGGAGAGAGACGGAGAGGCAGGCCCCGGAACACCUGGCAAAGAGACGCCGAAAAGGAAACCAAGGAGAUGGGUUACACCAGGAGAGAGACGGAGAGGCAGGCCCCGGAACACCUGGCAAAGAGACGCCGAAAAGGAAACCAAGGAGAUGGGUUACACCAGGAGAGAGACGGAGAGGCAGGCCCCGGAACACCUGGCAAAGAGACGCCGAAAAGGAAACCAAGGAGAUGGGUUACACCAGGAGAGAGACGGAGAGGCAGGCCCCGGAACACCUGGCAAAGAGACGCCGAAAAGGAAACCAAGGAGAUGGGUUACACCAGGAGAGAGACGGAGAGGCAGGCCCCGGAACACCUGGCAAAGAGACGCCGAAAAGGAAACCAAGGAGAUGGGUUACACCAGGAGAGAGACGGAGAGGCAGGCCCCGGAACACCUGGCAAAGAGACGCCGAAAAGGAAACCAAGGAGAUGGGUUACACCAGGAGAGAGACGGAGAGGCAGGCCCCGGAACACCUGGCAAAGAGACGCCGAAAAGGAAACCAAGGAGAUGGGUUACACCAGGAGAGAGACGGAGAGGCAGGCCCCGGAACACCUGGCAAAGAGACGCCGAAAAGGAAACCAAGGAGAUGGGUUACACCAGGAGAGAGACGGAGAGGCAGGCCCCGGAACACCUGGCAAAGAGACGCCGAAAAGGAAACCAAGGAGAUGGGUUACACCAGGAGAGAGACGGAGAGGCAGGCCCCGGAACACCUGGCAAAGAGACGCCGAAAAGGAAACCAAGGAGAUGGGUUACACCAGGAGAGAGACGGAGAGGCAGGCCCCGGAACACCUGGCAAAGAGACGCCGAAAAGGAAACCAAGGAGAUGGGUUACACCAGGAGAGAGACGGAGAGGCAGGCCCCGGAACACCUGGCAAAGAGACGCCGAAAAGGAAACCAAGGAGAUGGGUUACACCAGGAGAGAGACGGAGAGGCAGGCCCCGGAACACCUGGCAAAGAGACGCCGAAAAGGAAACCAAGGAGAUGGGUUACACCAGGAGAGAGACGGAGAGGCAGGCCCCGGAACACCUGGCAAAGAGACGCCGAAAAGGAAACCAAGGAGAUGGGUUACACCAGGAGAGAGACGGAGAGGCAGGCCCCGGAACACCUGGCAAAGAGACGCGAAAAGGAAACCAAGGAGAUGGGUUACACCAGGAGAGAGAUGGAGAGGCAGGCCCCGGAACACCUGGCAAAGAGACGCCGAAAAGGAAACCAAGGAGAUGGGUUACACCAGGAGAGAGACGGAGAGGCAGGCCCCGGAACACCUGGCAAAGAGACGCCGAAAAGGAAACCAAGGAGAUGGGUUACACCAGGAGAGAGAUGGAGAGGCAGGCCCCGGAACACCUGGCAAAGAGACGCCGAAAAGGAAACCAAGGAGAUGGGUUACACCAGGAGAGAGACGGAGAAGAUGGCCACAAAGAGACAACAGUGA